AUGGCAGAGAAACAAUCCCAGCUGAACGGUGCCUAUUACGUCUCCGUGAUUCUCAUCAUUUUCCUUGCCUACAUCAUUGCUUGGUUCAUCCUUCACCCCAGAACCUUCAAGCUCCAUGUAACUGAUGCCAAACUCACCAAGUUCAAUUUCACAACCAACAACAACAUUCUCCAAUACAAACUUGAUCUCAACAUCUCUCUCAGAAACCCCAACAAGAAUGUGACUAUCUACUUCGACAAAAUCAAGGCCAAUGCACUCUACGAGGGCCAGAGGUUCGAUACAGAGAGUUUGACGGAGUUGGGUUUUAAAGUAGACCACAGGAGUACGCAUUUUUUGAAUGCAACUUUUGCAGGUCAGCAAUUGAUUGAGCUUGAUGCUCAUGAGAUUUCGGACUUCAAUGAGGAGAAGAGUGCUGGGGUUUAUGGUAUUGAUUUGAGGUUCUAUCUUUGUAUUAGGAUCAGGAUCGGAGAUUUCAUAACUGGGAAAUACAAGCCAAAAGUUAAGUGCGAAUUGGAAGUUCCAUUGAGUUCUAAGGGAAAUUCAUCAACAGCUCGGUUUGAGACUACCAGGUGCCACAUAUAUUAUCUAAUUGCCCGAAACCAUCGUUAUGUCUGA